GGCUGCCCUCUUCUCUCUCGCCCGCCGAGACGGCCCAGGCGGCGAAUGCGUCGCCGACCCCGUCGCCUGUGAGCUCCCCGGAACCCGCCGUCGUGGAGGGGUCUGCGGAGCCUCCCCCCAACUCUAUGCUGUACACGCCGUUGCUCAUCGAUACUCCGAUGCUCGAGCCGGUUAGCCAUGUGGCGAAGACCUUGGCCGCUAAAACCAAGGCUGCCGAGGCUGCCGCCCGGCCCGCCCCUCUAUCCCCGGGGUCACGCGCUUUCAUCUACUGCGACCUCAUUCGCCCGAGUCUGUGUUCCGACUUUCGAGGCAAGUGCCUCCGCAUCGUCCCCGUCUACGGUCAUCAGGUCCAACAGACGCUGUAUCCCGUCUACUACUUUCCCGUCGAGAAGCGAGUGGUGGAUACGAUCCACGUGGAGGUGAAGGAUAAAUACAAUGAGUAUCUGCCCCUCGAGGCCAGCGAACAGCCCUUGGUCCUCGUGCUGCAUUUCAAACGGUCGGCAGUUGCUCCGUAGCCGAGGAGAGAGAAGGAGGUAUGAUGGCGUCCGCCAACCCCUACUACGCCUACUACGCGUCCCAGAUCGGUGGGGGGUUGUCGACCCCCUACUACAGCUCCAAGUUCCGGGUCCAGGCCGGUCGCGGCUGGUUCGGCAACCUGUUUCGCAGCGCCUGGAACUAUCUGCGCCCUCUCGUGGGCAGCGUCGCGAAGCAUGCCGGAGCCGAAGCGCUCCACGUGGGCUCCAACAUCAUGAAGGAGGCCAUUGCGAACCCCAAACGAAUCGUUCAAAGACGUCGUCGGGCGCCAAGGGCCUGAAGGUCUGUCGUCGAUCGCCAAGGCCGCGGCGGCGGGAGCCCGCGCGGCGCGAGGUCAGAGUGGUAAGGGCCGCGGACCGCGCCGUCAGUCCGGCCGAGACGUCGUCAAGCGCGGGUAGCUCCGUCCCAACGCGUCCUCCGCCGCCGUCGAAAGACGCCGCCCGUCCCUAGAGCCUCCUCGAUCCGCGAUAUCUUCUCCCCACCAUCACCAUGAGUACGGGAGACUUCGUUCCCUGUAUGAUCCCGCAGCUGGAGCUGUUCAAGAAGAAGCCGGUGCAGUCCUGCAUUACCGGGCGGAUUCUGCAGAAGCUGAAGCCGCUUUCGGCCUUGCCCGAGCGCCCUGAUGUGAUCGAGUUUCUUUGCCCCGGGCGUCCCAUGCACUACAUGGACAUUAAUAACAUCUGCCUGCGCCUCAACGUGACGAUGAAGAAGGAAAAUGGGAAUAACCUGGAUGGUCAUAACGAUGACGUGUCGGUCAUCGACGCGCCUCUGCACUCCAUGUUCUCUCAAUGUGAGGUGUUUUUGUCGGAAGUGCCCGUGACCAAGAGCCCUCAUCUGUACCACUACAAGGCGAUCCUGGACCUGCAUACGGGCUCCGACGCGAACGGGCGGGACGGUCUUCUGGCCACGUCGCUGUACAUUCCCGACGAGUACCCUGCGUCGGAGGAGGGGCCUUGGGGAAAACGCAUGACGCCCUUCAGGCGGUCCAAAAAGGUGGAGUUGCUCGGGCGGCUGCGUCCCGACGUGUGCCAUAUGGAAGACGGCGCCUACAUCCUGGACAACGUCCCCAUUCGCGUCCGUCUGACUCUCAAUCCCCAGGAGGUCUAUCUGUGGGCCAAUGCUGCCGGUGAGACAGCGAAGAUGGUGUUCAACGAUGCCGAGCUGCAGAUCCCCUAUUAUGUCGGCACCCCCGAGCUGUCGUUGGGGAUGGAGCAGAUGUUGAGCCAGCAGCCGGCGACCUAUCGGUUCAAAGGAACGCAACUCCGCACCUUCCUUCACCCCGCCCAGUCCCCCAAUAUCAACAUCCCCAUCGCCGUCAGCGGCAAGCUGCCCACGUCCCUUCUGCUGACGGUGGUUGAAGCUUCCCACUAUAACGGCACCCUGCGGACGAAUCCCUUCCAUUUCCCCCACAGCGGGUUGGAGGAGAUCUCCUUCAUCUGUAACGGUCACGAGCGUCGGUUCGUCAUGGAUGGCGACAAUCCCUAUGGCUGCACGAGUAUGCUGAGGAGCCUGUACACGGAGCUCGGCCUGGAGCAUGAGGAGUCGAGCGGUCACGUCUACGACAUGAACAACUUUACUACGGGCAAGUUUGCGUGCGCGGUGGACCUGACGGUGGACCAUUCUGGCGGCGGCCCCAGCCAGACCCUGCAAGAGUACGGUACGGUGUCGAUCCAGGGUCGUCUGAAAGCCCCUCUCCCCCAUGCGCUCUGCAUCAUUCUCUACGCCAAGUACGAUAGCGUGUUGGAAAUCAACGCCAGUCGCGAGGUGACCGUGCUUUAGACAUGAAGGACUUUACAUCGGCCACAUCGACCCUGGAGCUGAUGGCCGCGGCCCGCGCGCAUCCUGCGCUCCGACGGUUUCACGUGGGCACCUUCCCUCUGGACGCCCUCCCCUCGCUGAACGUCGCGGGCCGGCCGCGGCAUCUCAUCUACAAUCUGUCUCCCUCUUUCCGCCCUCCCGGCACCCACUGGGUAUCGAUAUGGCUGGGUAAGGACCUGGAAGCGGAAGUGAUGGACAGCCUGGGACAGCGCCCUGCGGCCCCCGAAGUCCUGGGUUUCCUUCGCCGCCAUAGCGUUCGAGCCGUCUAUUCGGAGCGGCCCAUUCAACAUUGGUCCAGUAACGCUUGCGGGCUCUAUUGUCUGAGCCACGGUCUGGCUCGAGCCCGCGGGCUGUCCCUCCCCUCCUGGCUGUCGCAGUUUUCGACCCGCCUCCCCGAUAAUGACGCCCUGGUGCAGUGUCAGUUCAUGCGGGAGCUGGCCCUCCCCUCCCUGUUCUCCCCCCUCCUGCGCAACUGGCGGCAGCAUGUGGCGCGAGCGUGCCGGAACGUCAGUCUGUCGCGUCGAGCCCUGCCGCGAGCAUGCACCCGUCGUCGGCGCAAGAAGCCCUCCCCUGCCAGGACGCCUCCGUGAACACCAUGUGUCUCAUCACGGAAGAUGACGUCGGUCCCGAGAGCCAGGCCCUCUUCGAGUCCUACCUAGCCAGCCUGGCGGAGCAAGCGAGCCAGCCAGCGCAGCUGCUGCUGCAGCAGCCCGAGGUGAAGGAGGAAGAGCGUCAGCUGCCCGAGUCGGAGGCUGUCCCCGAGCAGUCGCCUUCCAAGUCCGAGCGGAAACGACCCCGAAAGCAAGCCCAUCCGCGGCCCCGUCGUCGUCCCGCCAUCACGCCCCAGGCCUCCUCCUCCUCGUCCAGGAAGAAGAAGAGGGAAGCGGUCGACCAGCCAACCCUGUCCGAGCAGCCCACCCCGAAGCGGAAAAAGCAGCAGCAGCUGCAGCCGCAGCAGCCCUCCCUGUGUCAUCAUGUGGAAAGAUUGUGUCAGCUCCUGCGCGUGUUGUCGGGUGCGCAGCCAUGUGUCAAGAAAA